AUGCAGAGUCUCCAGAAACUGGAUUUGUCUGCUAAUGAGUUCAGUUGUGAGAUACCAUCCGGGUUCAGCAAGUUGAAGAACUUAACAUAUCUGAAUUUGUCCAAUCUCUCAGGACCCCUUGAUCCCUCCCUCAUACGACUUCACAACCUAUCAAUCAUUCGUCUUGAUCAAAACAAUUUAUCAUCCCCCGUGCCAGAAACCUUUGCUAAUUUUUCAAAACUAACAACCCUUCACCUUAGUUCUUGUGAAUUGACAGGAAUAUUUCCGGAGAAGAUCUUUCAGGUAGCAACAUUGUCCGAAAUAGACUUAUCAUUUAAUCCUUAUCUUAAUGGAUCCUUGCCUGAAUUACCUCUGAAUGGUCCUCUUCAGACACUGAUUGUAAGUGGCACAGGUUUCUCAGGAUCAAUACCAGCUUCUGUAAAUAAUCUUUGGCAGUUAUCCAUUAUAGAUCUUUCUCAUUGUCAUUUUAAUGGAAGACUACCCAGUUCAAUUUCAAGACUCAGGGAACUCACUUAUCUGGAUUUGUCAUUUAAUAACUUCACCGGUCCGAUUCCAUCCUUGAAUAUGUCCUUGAAUCUUAUACAUUUAGACCUCUCACACAAUUAUUUCACAGGUUCAAUCGCAUCUAUUCAUUUGGACGGCCUAAAAUAUCUGCUCCAAAUUGAUUUGCAGGGCAAUUUCUUCAAUGGAAGUCUCCCAUCCACUCUUUUUUUUCUCCCAUUGCUACGAAGUAUACGGCUUUCGAACAACAAUUUUCAGGGUCAGCUGAAUCAUGUUUCAAAUAUCUCUCACUCCAUGUUAGAGAUCCUUGAUUUAAGUUGUAACGAUUUAGAAGGGUCCAUUCCUACAUAUAUUUUUUAUCUCAGAUCACUGAGUGUCCUCAAAUUAUCUUCAAAUAAUUUAAAUGGCACAUUGAAGUUAGAUUUAAUUCAGAGACUUGAAAAUCUAACUACUUUAGCUUUUUCGCACAACAACUUUUCAGUAGACACAAAUCUUAGUGAUGUAGGCUUUAUGUCUUCCUUCCACAAGAUGAGGAGAGUUGAGUUGGCUUCCUGCUCUCUAAUAGAAGUCCCAACUUUCUUAAGAAACCAAUCCAAUAUAACGACUAUAGACCUGUCAAGCAACCAUAUUCGAGGAUCUAUACCAACAUGGAUAUGA